CUACUGGCAGGGCUCCAGGUACCGGGCCGGGCCUUAAAGGCAGCCUCCUCAGCUCUGGUGCUCACCGAUUGGUGCUCCCGUGUAGGAGGGACCGGCAGCGGCCUGGAACCGACAUCUGGGCCGCAUUUCACAUGCUCCAAUACACUACGACCGCAACUAUGCAGCCCCCAAUAGUUGAGAUAGUACUAACACUUUGCCUGUGAAUUGAGCAGAAGGAGUUGCAUGGCCUGCUAUAAAUAUUAUAUAUUGAUACAGUGCCUUCAGAAAGUAUUCAGACCCCUUGACUUAUUCCACAUUUACUUGUGUUACAUCCUGAAUUGAACAUUAAUUAAAUAGAUUUUUUUUCUCACCCACCCACACACAAUACCCCAUGACAAAGUGAAAACAAGUUUUUUGAAAAUAAAUUGAAAAUGAAAUACAGAAACAUCUAAUUUACAUAAGUAUUCACACCCCAUUUGCUAUGACACUCCAAAUUGAGCUCAGGUGCAUCCAAUUUCCUUUGAUUUUCCUUGAUGUCACUACAACUUCAUAGGCGUCCACCUGUGGCCAAUUCAAUUGUUUGGACAUUCAAAAAGGAACACACCUGUCUAUAUAAGGUCCCACAGUUGACAGUGCAUGUCAGAGAUUUCUGUGACGUUGUUGCAGGUAUCGCUUGGGCUUUGUCGAGCGCCAUCCAUAAUAGUUUUAAACGUAUCCUGGGUAGGGACUCUGAGGAUUAAUCCCGCGGGGAGAAAAAACAUUGUAGACCUCCACAAGUCUGGUUCAUCCUUGGGAGCAAUUUCCAAACGCCUGAAGGCACCACGUUCAUCUGUACAAACAAUAGUAUGCAAGUGUAAACACCAUCAGACCACGCAGCCGUCAUACCGCUCAGGAAGGAGACGUGUUCUAUCUCCUAGAGAUGAACGUACUUUGGUGCGAAAAGUGCAAAUCAAUCCCAGAACAACAGCAAAGGACCUUGUGAAGAUGCUGGGGGAAACAGGUACAAAAGUAUCUAUAUCCACAGUAAAACGAGUCCUAUAUCGACAUAACCUAAAAGGCCGCUCAGCAAGGAAGAAACCACUGCUCCAAAGCCGCCAUAAAAAAGCCAGACUACGGUUUGCAACUGCACAUGGAGAAAUGUCCUCUGGUCUGAUGAAACAAAAAUAGAACUGUUUGGCCAUAAUGACCAUCGUUAUGUUUGAAGGAAAAAGGGGUAGGCUUGCAAGCCGAAGAACACCAUCCCAACCGUGAAGCACGGGGAUGGCAGCAUCAUGCUGUGGGGGUGCUUUGCUGCAGGAGGGACUGGUGCACUUCACAAAAUAGAUGGCAUCAUGAGGAAGGAAAAUUAUGUGGUUAUUUUGAAGCAACAUCUCAAGACAUCAGUCAGGAAGUUAAAGCUUGGUCGCAAAUGGGUCUUCCAAAUGGACAAUGACCCCAAGCAUACUUCCAAAGUUGGGGCAAAAUGGCUUAAGGACAACAAAGUCAAGGUAUUGGAGUAGCCAUCACAAAGCCCUGACCUCAAUCCUAUAGAACAUUUGUGGGCAGAACUGAAAAGCGUGUGCGAGCAAGGAGGCCUACAAACCUGACUCAGUUACACCCUUUUUCUCACCAAUUUUGUGAUAUCCAAAUGCGAUCCAAUUACGAUCUUGUCUCAUCGCUGCAACUCCCCAACGGGCUCGGGAGAGGCGAAGGUCGAGGCAUGCGUCCUCCGAAACAUGACCUGCCAAACCGCUCUCCUUAACACCUGCCCGCUUAACCCGGAAGCCAGCUGCACCAAUGUGUUGGAGGAAACACCAUUCAACUGAUGACCGAAGUCAGCCUGCAGGUGCCCGGCCCUCCACAAUGAGUCGCUAGAGCGCGAUGAGCCAAGUAAAGCCCCCCCCCACCCCCGCCAAACCCUCCCCUAACUCUGACGACGCUGGGCCAAUUUUGCACCGCCCUAUGGGACUCCCGGUCACAGCCGGUUAUGACACAGCCCGGUAUCGAACCCGGGUCUGUGGUGAGACCUCAAGCACUUUGCCUGUCCCGAGCCCGUUGGGGAGUUGCAGCGAUGAGACAAGAUCGCAUUUGGAUAUCACGAAAUUGGGGAGAAAAGGGGGUAAAAUACAAACAAAAAAAUUAUAUAUAUAUAUACAGUGGGGAGAACAAGUAUUUGAUACACUGCCGAUUUUGCAAGUAUUUGAUCACCUACCAACCAGUAAGAAUUCCGGCUCUCACAGACCUGUUAGUUUUUCUUUAAGAAGCCCUCCUGUUCUCCACUCAUUACCUGUAUUAACUGCACCUGUUUGAACUCGUUACCUGUAUACAAGACACCUGUCCACACACUCAAUCAAACAGACUCCAACCUCUCCACAAUGGCCAAGACCAGAGAGCUGUGUAAGGACAUCAGGGAUAAAAUUGUAGACCUACACAAGGCUGGGAUGGGCUACAGGACAAUAGGCAAGCAGCUUGGUGAGAAGGCAACAACUGUUGGCGCAAUUAUUAGAAAAUUGAAGAAGUUCAAGAUGACGGUCAAUCACCCUCGGUCUGGGGCUCCGUGCAAGAUCUCACCUCGUGGGGCAUCAAUGAUCAUGAGGAAGGUGAGGGAUCAGCCCAGAACUACACGGCAGGACCUGGUUAAUGACCUGAAGAGAGCUGGGACCACAGUCUCAAAGAAAACCAUUAGUAACACACUACACCGUCAUGGAUUAAAAUCCUGCAGCGCACGCAAGGUUCCCCUGCUCAAGCCAGCGCAUGUCCAGGCCCGUCUGAAGUUUGCCAAUGACCAUCUGGAUGAUCCAGAGGAGGAAUGGGAGAAGGUCAUGUGGUCUGAUGAGACAAAAAUAGAGCUUGUUGAUCUAAACUCCACUCGCCGUGUUUGGAGGAAGAAGAAGGAUGAGUACAACACCAAGAACACCAUCCCAACCGUGAAGCAUGGAGGUGGAAACAUCAUUCUUUGGGGAUGCUUUCCUGCAAAGGGGACAGGACGACUGCACCGAAUUGAGGGGAGGAUGGAUGGGGCCAUGUAUCGUGAGAUCUUGGCCAACAACCUCCUUCCCUCAGUAAGAGCAUUGAAGAUGGGUCGUGGCUGGGUCUUCCAGCAUGACAACGACCCGAAACACACAGCCAGGGCAACUAAGGAGUGGCUCCGUAACAAGCAUCUCAAGGUCCUGGAGUGGCCUAGCCGGUCUCCAGACCUGAACCCAAUAGAAAAUCUUUGGAGGGAGCUGAAAGUCUGUAUUGCCCAGUGACAGCCCCGAAACCUGAAGGAUCUGGAGAAGGUCUGUAUGGAGGAGUGGGCCAAAAUCCCUGCUGCAGUGUGUGCAAACCUUGUCAAGACCUACAGGAAACGUAUGAUCUCUGUAAUUGCAAACAAAGGUUUCUGUACCAAAUAUUAAGUUCUGCUUUUCUGAUGUAUCAAAUACUUAUGUCAUGCAAUAAAAUGCAAAUUAAUUACUUACAAAUCAUACAAUGUAAUGUUCUGGAUUUUUGUUUUAGAUUCCGUCUCUCACAGUUCAAGUGUACCUAUGAUAAAAAUUACAGACCUCUACAUGCUUUGUAAGUAGGAAAACCUGCAAAAUCGGCAGUGUAUCAAAUACUUGUUCUCCCCACUGAAUAUACAGACCGCUGCGCCACUCGGGAGGCCACAAGGUUAUGGGUUUUAAUGAGUAUAGGGUUAGUUGGUAGGGUAAUUAAAAUAUAUGUAUAUUUUUUAUUUUCCCGGUUCCCCUUUCCCAUUUUGUAUCACAAAGUGUAAUGGAUCUAUACUAUAGUUAAGUUGGGGGCAGUAAUGCAUCAUAUUGGAUGUCAACCACCGUUAAACCUCACAGAAGGAGAAGUGCAUGUCAGAGCAGAAACUAUACCAUGAAGUCCAAGGAACUGACCGUAGAUGAUAGAAUUGUGAUUAAGGCAUAUAUCUGGGGAAGGGUAUGAAACCAUUUCUAGAGUGUUGAAGGUUUCCAAGAGCACAGUGGUCUCCAUCGUUGGGAAAUAGAAAAAAUAUGGAACUACCCAGACUCUGCCUAGAGCUGGCCGCCCCGUCCGACCAAACUGAGCAACCGGGCAAGAAGGACCUUGGUCAGGGAGGUAACCAAGAACCCAAUGACCACUAUGACCAAAAUACGGAGUUCCUUGGCUGAGAUGGAAGAUUCAAAGCUGUAAUUGCUGCCAAAGGUGCUUCUACAAAGCAUUGACUCAGGUGUGUGAAUAAUUAGUGCCUUCAAAAAAUAUUCAUACUCCUUAUUCCACAUUUUGUUGUUACAGCCUGAAUUAAAAAUGGAUUAAUUAUAUCUUUUUUUCUCACUCAUCUGCACAUAAUACCCCAUAAUAACAAAGUGAAAACAGGUUUUUAGAAAUGUUUGCACAUUUAUUGAAAAUUAAAUACAGACAUAUCUAAUUUACAUAAGUAUUCACAAGUCAAUACAUGUUAUAAUCACCUUUGGCAGCAAUUACAGCUGUUAGUCUUUCUGGGUAAGUCUGUAAGAGCUUUGCACACCUGGAUUGUACAAUAUUCUUAAAAAUAUUAUUCAAGCUCUGUCAAGUUAGUUGUUGAUCACUGCUAGACAGCCAUUUUCAAGACUUGCCAUAUAUGUUCAAGCCAUUUUAAGUCAAAACUGUAACUAGGCCACUCAGGAACAUUCAAUGUUGUCUUGGUAAGCAACUCCAGUGUAUAUUUGGCAUUGUUUUAGGUUAUUGUCCUGCUGAAUUUGGUAAAUUUGUCUCCCAGUGUCUGUUGGAAACCAGACUGAACCAGGUUUUCCUCUAGGAUUUUGCUCUCCCCGUUUCUUUGUAUCCUAAAAAACUCCCUAGGCCUUGCCAAAACAUGACGCAGCCACCACCAUGCUUGAACACUCAGUAAUGUGUUGUGUUGGAUUUGCCCAAACAUAACGCUUUGUAUUCAGGACAUAAAGUUAAUUUCUUUGCCACAUUUUAUGCAGUUUUACUUUAGGAUCUUAUUGAAAACAUGUUUUGGAUUAUUUGUAUUCUCAACAGGCUUCCUUCUUUUCACUCUGUCAUUUAGGCUAGUGUUGUGGAGUAACUACAAUGUUUUUGAUCCAUCCUCAGUUUUCUCCUAUCACAGCCAUUAAACUCUGUAACUGUUUUAAAGUCACCAUUGGCCUCAUGGUGAAAUCCCUGAGCGGUUUCCUUCCUCUCCGGCAACUGAGUUAGGAAGGAUGCCUGUAUCUUUGUAGUGACUGGGUGUAUUGAUACACCCAGUACAUCACACGGGGCUGUAGUGGAACAGGUUGAGAGCUUCAAGUUCCUUGGUGUCCACAUCACCAACAAACUAUCAUGGUCCAAACACACCAAGACAGUCGUGAAGAGGGCACGACAAAGCCUAUUCCCCCUCAGGAGACUGAAAAGAUUUGGCAUGGGUCCUCAGAUCCUCAAAAGAUUCUACAGCUGCACCAUCGAGAGCAUCCUGACUGGUUGCAUCACCGUCUGGUAUGGCAACUGCUCGGCCUCCGACCGCAAGGCACUACAGAGGGUAGUGCGUACGGCCCAGUACAUCACUGGGGCCAAGCUUCCUGCCAUCCAGGACCUCUAUACCAGGUGGUGUCAGAGGAAGGCCCUAAAAAUGGUCAAACACUCCAGCCACCCUAGUCAUAGACUGUGUUCCCUGCUACCGCACAGCAAGCUGUACCGGAGCGCCAAAUCUAGGUCCAAAAGGCUUCUUAACAGCUUCUACCCCCAAGCCAUAAGACUCCUGAACAUCUAAUCAUGGCUACCCAGACUAUUUGGAUUUGAUCCAAAGUGUAAUUAAUAACUUCACCAUGUUCAAAGGGAUAUUCAAUUAUUUAGGUGCCCUUUGCGAGGCAUUGGAAAACCUCCCUGGUCUUUGUGGUUGAAUCUGUGUUUGAAAUUCACUGCUCGACUGAGGGACCUUGUAUGUGUGGGGUACAGAGAUGAGGUAGUCAUUCAAAAACAUGUUAAACGCUAUUAUUGCACAGUGAGUCCAUGCAACUUAUUAUGUGACUUGUUAAACAUUUUUACUCCUGAACUUAUUUAGGCUUGCCAUAACAACGGGGUUGAACAGUUAUUGACUCAAGACAUUUCAGCUUUACAUUUUUUAUUAAUUUGUCAGUUUCUAAAAACAUAAUUCCACUUUGACAUUAUGGGGUAUUGUGUGUAGCUCAGUGAUUUCAUUCAGGCUGUAACACAACAAAAUGUGGAAAAAGUUGAGGCUUGUGAAUACUUUCUGAAGGCACUGUAACUGUGGAGGCUGGGAGAUGGCGGUGGGUUCACUGGCGCACCCUGCCUUCCCCACUUCUGAAAAAGGAGUGGUGUAGAGGGAGGGACCCCUCUCAGGGGUAUGCCUGAAACAUGAGGAGAGCUGUGUAGCCCCCUUAGACUGGCCCCAACCUCCCAACUCACACAACUACAAGCACAUACUGUACAGUCGUGGUCAAAAGUUUUGAGAAUGACACAUAUUCAUUUUCACAGUCUGCUGCCAUAGUUUUUAUGAUGGCAAUUUGCAUAUACUCCAGAAUGUUAUGAAGCGUGAUCAGAUGAAUUGCAAUUAAUUGCAAAGUCCCUCUUUGCCAUGAAAAUGAACUUUAAAAAACAUUUCCACUGCAUUUCAGCCCUGCCACAAAAGGACCAGCUGACAUCAUGUCAGUGAUUCUCUCGUUAACACAGGUGAGAGUGUUGACGAGGACAAGGCUGGAGAUCACUCUGUCAUGCUGAUUGAGUUAGAAUAACAGACUGGAAGCUUUAAAAGGAGGGUGGUGCUUGAAAUCAUUGUUCUUCCUCUGUUAACCAGGGUUACCUGCAAGGAAACACGUGCCGUCAUUAUUGCUUUGCACAAAAAGGGCUUCACAGGCAAGGAUAUUGCUUCUAGUAAGAUUGCACCUAAAUCAACCAUUUAUCGGAUCAUCAAGAACUUCAAGGAGAGAGGUUCAAUUGUUGUGAAGAAGGCUUCAGGGCGCCCAAGAAAGUCCAGCAAGCGCCAGGACCGUCUCCUAAAGUUGAUUCAGCUGCGGGAUCGGGGCACCACCAGUGCAGAGCUUGCUCAGGAAUGGCAGCAGGCAGGUGUGAGUGCAUCUGCACGCACAGUGAGGCGAAGACUUUUGGAGGAUGGCCUGAUGUCAAGAAGGGCAGCGAGAAGGCCACUUCUCUCCAGGAAAAACAUCAGGGACAGACUGAUAUUCUGCAAAAGGUACAGGGAUUGGACUGCUGAGGACUGGGGUAAAGUCAUUUUCUCUGAUGAAUCCCCUUUCCGAUUGUUUGGGGCAUCCAGAAAAAAGCUUGUCCGGAGAAGACAAGGUGAGCGCUACCAUCAGUCCUGUGUCAUGCCAACAGUAAAGCAUCCUGAGACCAUUCAUGUGUGGGGUCUCACUCACAAUUUUGGCUAAGAACACAGCCAUGAAUAAAGAAUGGUACCAACACAUCCUCCGAGAGCAACUUCUCCCAACCAUCCAAGAACAGUUUGGUGACGAACAAUGCCUUUUCCAGCAUGAUGGAGCAUCUUGCCAUAAGGCAAAAGUGAUAACUAAGUGGCUUGGGGAAUAAAACAUCGACAUUUUGGGUCCAUGGCCAGGAAACUCCCCAGACCUUAAUCCCAUUGAGAACUUGUGGUCAAUCCUCAAGAGGCGGGUGGACAAACAAAAACCCACAAAUUCGGACAAACUCCAAGCAUUGAUUAUGCAAGAAUGGGCUGCCAUCAGUCAGGAUGUGGCCCAGAAGUUAAUUGACAGCAUGCCAGGGCGGAUUGCAGAGGUCUUAAAAAAGAAGGGUCAACACUGCAAAUAUUGACUCUUUGCAUAAACUUAAUGUAAUUGUCAAUAAAAGCCUUUGACACUUAUGGAAUGCUUGUAAUUAUACUUCAGUAUACCAUAGUAACAUCUGACAAAAAUAUCUCAUAACACUGAAGCAGCGAACUUUGUGAAGACCAAUACUUGUGUCAUUUUUAAAACUUUUGACCACGACUGUAUACUCUCACAAACAUGUAGAUGUAUAUCCUCCUUACAGCACAUUGUCCACAUUGAACACAAUGUGCUAAGACAUUGUGUUCUAUGUUCCAUAUAUGCUUCCCAUUGCAUCUUACCCAUCCCUCUAAUGAUGUCUAGAAACAAAUCAAUUAUAAGCAUCUACUAGCCUUUUGUGUCUGUUUUCCACUAGAGAUGUAAUUUGAUUAGGCCCUAAGUACAUGUGGCAGCUGUGUUCUGAUGAGAUGGUUGUGUCCUUUGUGUCUGUCCCAUAGAUGAAGCACGUUGAGGAGCGCUUCGGAGAAGACGCCAACAAGGAGGUUCUGCUCAUGUGCAUCGGCGUCACGUCUGGCGUGGGCCGCCUCAUCUUCGGCCGGGUGGCAGACUAUGUACAGGGAGUCAACAAAGUCUACCUGCAGGUAAAGUCUACUAACCUCGAGAUCUUGCACAAGUCAUGACUAUAUCUCGAAAGACACCCUAUUCCCCAUAUAGUGCACUACUUUUGGCCCGAUGACACCCUACUCUCCAUAAAGUCUACUAUGUGUGGAAUUUAGGGUGUCAUGGUGUCAUUUGAGAUGUAGCCUGAGCCCCAUGUCAUAACCAUUACUCUGAUUAAUGCAAAGAAGCAAUGCUGCUGUGUGCAUCACAUUCACGUCACCUCUCUGACAUCUCCUGCUGUCUCCUCCCGGCCAGGUGUCUUCGUUCAUGGUCAUCGGCGUGAUGUCCAUGAUGAUCCCUCUGUGUCAUGUGUUCGGAGGGCUGAUCGCUGUGUGUCUACUCAUGGGCCUGUUUGAUGGCUGUUUCAUCUGCAUCAUGGCCCCCAUCGCCUUCGAGCUGGUGGGCUCCCAGAACGUGUCCCAGGCCAUCGGCUUUCUGCUGGGCAUGAUGUCUGUGCCCAUGACCGUGGGGCCUCCUAUUGCAGGUACAGUUAAAUAGGCAAGCCAGUGGCCACGUCUGAAAUGGCAUCUUCCGUGGGAAAUAGGAAGUUAGUAUGCUGUGAUGCCCUGUUUAAACAGGCAUGAAAAAGUUAAAUCAUUCAUACAGCCACUGAAUUGGUUAGUAUGUACUGUUUGAUGGUUUGAAAGAUAUUAACAUUUAGCUUAAUGAUGUAAAACAUUUCUCCCUGGAGUAUGAUUUUGAGCUUAGUUGUUUUCCUAUAAACCUCUGGUUCCACCUGGUGUUUAUCUGUGGAACUGUGAAAGUGAAACGCUCCACACUCUACCAUACACAAAGGAACAUAAAGAAAUCGAUUCACAACAUGGCAACUUCGCAGCUUCUACAAUUACAACUUGAUAUGAGUAGAGACAUUAUCUUGUGAAUAUGAUACUUGUGUAAGAAUGUAUAUACCUUGUGGAAGAUACAUACAUUUCACCACUGGAAUGUUGAGUUCACAGACGUCCAUUCAUGUUAAGCUCUUUCUAAUUUAGAUAUCAUUCAUAUCCACAUGAGUCAUGUGCAACCUGUUUGCACUGUAUUACAGAAAAGGCAUCAGUUUUUCUCCUAAAUAGACUAGCAUUCCAGGAAGAGAGGGGAAACAGUGGUAGAAGUAGGGAAUGCAGGAAGUCAUGCAACUUAGUGCUGUUCAGGGAGGGAAACCACAAUCCACAAGGGGGGGCAGACGGAGGGGCCUAAUUAGCCCUGACCCCAAUCCAGUCAGUCUUCACUGGCUAGUAAUAAUCAGCUCUGUUUGUAUUCAAAGAGUGGGUUUGCACUAACCCACUACCCACUGGGCAAAAGCUGGUUGAAUUAAUGUUGUUUUCGCAUCAUUUCAACAAACAAAAAAAUAUGUUGAAUCCACGUGGAAACUGAUUUGAAUUUGCAAAAAGUCAUCAACAUAAGGGCAUUUGGUAUUUUCUUCACUUACAUUUUUACCUAAAUCCAAUGACAUGGUGAUUUAUUUAUUUUUCACAGUGAAUUCACUUUAGUUGACAACUCAAUGUACCAAAUGUAAAUCAAAACUAGACGUUGAACUGACGUCUGUGCCCAGUGGGUACUUAGUAUCACUCUGUCCCAGCUCAGAUAAGCCCACCUUUGUUUUAUAUCUGAAAGGACCAAAUAAGGUGUUCACUGUGGUUUGAAGUUAUGGGGUUAUGCACUCAGGACUGGGGGCAUACUAUUGCUCACCUUUGGGGUUCAGGGGUGCUGCUGAACUUUGUUCCUUGUCUUUAGGACACAACAUGUCUUUAGGACAUGAAAUGAUUAAUGAUGUCCCAGAUAUUUCGAUUAAUGAUGAACGAGUCCCAGAUAUUUUGAUUAAUGAUGAACGAGUCCCAGAUAUUUAUAGUUCUCUCUUCUCUCGCUCUCUCUCUAGGGUUCCUGAGGGACAGACUGGGGAGUUACGACGUGGCCUUCUAUUUGGCUGGUAUCCCUCCCAUCAUCGGUGGGGCCGUGCUGUGUCUGAUCCCCUGGGUGGAGGCUAGACGUAUCAGGAGAGCGCAGGAAGAGGCAGCCAAAGAUGGCACCCAGGAGCAGAUGCUGUAG